AUGUCACUGCAAGUACCUCGAGAACCACUCCUUUCCCUCCUCUUCCAGGUAUGGAAGAGCCAUCCCACCAAGACAAUUAUCCGAGAUCUCGCCGACGGAUUUGAAACCACGGUGGAAAAGUUCUUGCACGAUGUACUGAUCAUGCGGGAGCGGAUUCUCGAGUCUCUUGACCCAGAAGUGAAAGAUCGCCUCGGGAGCACCGAUACAGACGUUUUCAUUGGGGUUCUAGUUGGUCCAGGACAUGAGUUUGCCGUCCUGGCCUUUGCUCUGUAUAGUAUUGGCGCAGUUAUUGUUCCUUUGUCACCGGCGCUCCAUCCAGAGGAAGGAAAAUACUUCUUAGGGCUAUGCAACGCGGCACGAAUAAUCACGGUGCCGACCACAAAGGGAAAAGCUCAAGCCAUCUCCGACCUCGCCGGCAUUCCAGCCCUCGAUAUCAACGUGACAGAGUCAGUUAAGCCCGCCACCCUUCACUUCUCACUGCAACCGGAAGGAGAGCCCCUGAUCAACGCGGACAAGGGAUUCGUGCUUCUCUACACGUCCGGGACCACCGGUACCCCAAAGGGGGUACUCCAUUCCCGGCGAGGGGCCGAAAGCGCAUAUGUCAGCAGCAUCCAAUUGUUCGGCCUGAAGCCAAGUGACACCUGGGCACAUUAUUCUCCGGUCCAUUGGGCUGCUGGGUGGCUAUUCCUGUUUCACACUAUCCUGGCCGGUGCGUGUCUUGAGUUUUGUAGUUCAGUGUUUAGUCCGGAUUGGCUGUUGGAACGAUGGGAAAAGAAGGCUGGACCAGAGGACGGCUUAACUGCUGUGUUCCUUGUUCCUUCAGGGCUUCAAGCAGUCGGUGAGAAACUGGAUGCGGUUCGGAAGGAAGGCCCACCAGGACGGUAUGACCGUAUUCUUCAAGGACUGAGAGGAAUGCGAUUGAUCAUCUCUGGAGGUGCUAGGGUGACGCCGGAGUUGAGGGAUGGGUGGAUGGAGCUGCGAGGCGGCAAGCCAUUGAUGGUAGCAUACGGGAUGUCCGAGGUGUUGAUGUUCGUUGUUGCGGGUGACUGGGAUUCGGAAGUGAAUCUCCCUAUGGAUUGCUGUGGUCGGAUCUGUCGCUACGUUGAUCUGAAAAUCAAUGAGGCUGGGGAAGUCUGUAUCAAAUCACCGGCGAGAUUUAAGAGGUAUAUAUCGGAGAAUCCCACUGUAAUGAACGGUAUUUUCGAUGCCAACGGCUACUGGAAAACCGGAGAUAUGGGUAAGCUGGAAGGAGAUUUGCUUUACGUCUUUGGCCGGGCUUCUCAGGACAUCGUUCGAUUCGCCGGGUGGAAGAUCCUCGCACCGGAGGUCGAAAGCGAGCUGGCUAAACACCCACUUGUAGCAGAUGCCAUCGUCCUUGGCGUCCAAGAUACCGCUGCGGGCCAGCUCGUGGCUGCGCUCGUGGUCAUAAAUGAGGAUGUUUCCAAAGAAAGUAGUCUGGAUCUCUCAGAAGCGCGCAGGUGGUUGGCAGUCGAGAGAGGAAUGAAUGCAUAUAAACUGCCAACGAUUAUGCGACUGGCCAAAAAGAACCAGGAGUUGCCAAUGACGCUAUCGGGGAAAUACAUCAAGCGAAAGGUCCGAGAUAUCUUCUUCAGCCAAGAAGAACUACAGAGUGAUCGGGUCGAGGUGCAUGACCUUUCGACUCAAGAACCAGACAUCGGCGACCGCCCAUUUGACUGGGCGGGGAUUCAAGCCAAAUGAGAAACAGCUGGUGGCGUAAACAUGUUUAAAUAGCGGUCGAUAUAUACAUAGCAUAGAGCGAUGAUAGUAAAUACGGUGCAGAAAGC